AUGGCCGACAAGGUAAACCAAUCGCCUCAGAAUUCUCGCUCGAUUCGCACCGAUUUUGGUGUUUGUUUCCAUGUCCGUGUGUAUGGCCCGGGGGUUUUAACGGGGUUCAUCGCCGCUCGUCGUGGCGCAGAAGGUGGUGUUGAAGCUGGACCUGCACGACAACAAGGACAAGCAGAAGGUGCUCAAGGCGGUCUCCACUCUCCACGGUACUUACUUCACAGUUCACUCCUCUCCUCUGCUCUGCUCUGCUUCCGUCCCCCCUCUCUUCCGUCACCGUCACGGAGGCCGCCGCCGGCACCAUCCGUGUCCUGCAGAACCGCGACCUGGAGGCUGGAGCGGGGGCAGGCUUUUCAGUUCGUAACGAGUGAGUUCAUGUCCGAUCGAAUUCUCAUCAUCUCUGACGGCCGCAACCCCACACGCGCAGGUAUCGACUCCGUCUCCGUGGACAUGAAGGAUUCCAAGCUGACGGUGAUCGGGCUGAUCGACCCCGUCGAUGUCGUAGCCAGGCUGCGCAAGGUCGGCUCCGCCGCCAUCGUCUCCGUCGGGCCAGCCAAGGAGGAGAAGAAGGACGACAAGAAGGGCGACAAGAAGGAGGACGACAAGAAGCAGGAGCAGGUCGUGUGGUACGGCCCGCCGCACCCGUGGUACGCCGCCGCGCAGCAGUCCCACUACCCCCACCCGUACCCGCCCCAGUACGUCGUCCACAGCGCCGAGGAGGACCCCAACUCCUGCGUCAUCUGCUGA